ACUCUGAAGGCCACCUGUCGGUAGUCUGACCUCUUUCUGAUAAGCGUGAAUGAUCAGGGAAACAUAAACACGGUGAUUGUUACACAUGGCGGAUAGGGAACGUCGGACGUACGGGUACAUUGUAGUGGGCUGUGGCGGUGUGGGGAGUGCUGCCCUCUACUGGCUGUCGAAGAGGGUGGGAUCAGAUGUGUUGGGGUUGGAGCAGUUCAAAUUAGGUCACGAUAAUGGAGGUUCCCAAGAUCACUCGCGGAUUAUACGUCUGGCCUACCACGAUGACAUGUACACCAGAUUGACUCCUGAUACCUACAGAGCAUGGGAGGAGGUUGAGAGGGAGUCAGGGGUGCAGCUUGUCUACAAAACGGGAGGAGUAAAUUUGGCCAGGAGGGACGAGAUGGGGAACAUAAUCGACAAGUAUGCUGAGGCGAUGAGCGCCAACAAUAUCAGAUACCAAAGACUGACUGGCAAAGAACUUCACGCCAAAUUCCCGCAGUUUGAGACUUCUGACGAAUACACGGCUAUCUACGAACCAAUGGCUGGGCUUGUGGACGCGGCGAUGGGCAACGCAGUUCAUGUGCAACUGGCAUAUGCACAUGGUGCUACAGUAAUAGAGAACUGCCCUGUCCAGAGACUUGAAAAAAUACAAGAUGGUUCGAUAAAAGUUUAUACUCCGAAAGGAGUAUUCUAUUGCCGGAAGUUGAUCGUGUCGGCAGGUGCCUGGCUGAACCAUGUGUUGGGUUCUAUAGGACUCCAAAUCCCCGUCUACGUCACACAGGAACAAGUGACCUAUUUUGCUACACCGCAUGUUAAGGAAUUUACAAAAGAAAAGUACCCGAUAUGGAUUUAUCACUCGCCUAAAUACGACUUUUACGGUCUUCCAAUGCACGGUAAUUCCGGAAGUAAAAUUGGUGUUGAUGCAGGUGGACCCGUGGUAACAGCUGAUACCCGGAACUUCAAUCCAGAUCCGGUCAGAGAGCAGGCCUGUAUUGAGCACCUGAAAAAGACAAUCCCCAGGUCACUGGGACCCCUGAUGUACACUAAGACCUGUCUAUACACCAUGCCCCCAGACCGCCAUUUUGUUGUCGACACCUGUGGGAAAAGAGUAAACGGUUACGACAACGUUAUAUUGUGUUGUGGAGCAGGACAUUGUUACAAGUUUGCCAGUCUGUUGGGGAGAAUACUAAGUGAACUGGCUAUUGACGGAAAAUCUCGGUACGACAUAUCAAAAUUCAACAUUGACCGACCCGCACUGACUGACCCCGACUGGAAACCGCAGCUGUAUAUGGGAACAGGUGGAAAAGUACCAACUAAGGAAUCUGUCAACUCCAAACUUUAAAUACGUCCAUCAGUCAAUAAUCAUUCAAUGUUGUCAACUCCAAACUAUAAAUACACCCAGCAGUCAAUAACAUUUAAUGUUGAUUUUAGUUUAUAACUAUGUAAACUGUGAUAGCGACAUGUUAUGCUAAUGCCGCAACAUAAUCGAAUUAAUCAAUUACCUAGUUUGUAGGAAAACCUAUGCUACUGACGGAUAGCAGUUGUUACGACUCUAUAUUUGUAGGAUACGGAGAAGUAGGAAUGUUAGUAUCACAAUGCACUCAGACAAUCCCAACUGAUUAAGAUUGAGAUCAAGUAUUUUCAUAUCCAUUCAUGCAUACAAUGUAGAUGCUAUAUAAUUAUAUAUAAUUCUUAGAUGAUGAAAGGAAAACAUUGUAACUACAUGUAGUGUAUGUAAAAUUAAUAAACAGCAUAAUGAUAGCUACA